UGUAUUUCUGCUCAUGGUCCCUUGUGUUUUGCCUGUCUUCCUGAUACCAGUGUGUUUUUGUUUUUUAACCUGUGUGUCAGCCUACCUGUGUUCCUGCCAGCUUGCCCACCUUUCUGUUUGUCUGACAGUAUGGCGACAGGAACUAUCUGGAAGAGAUAUCGAAGAAGGGCAUGAUGAUCAUUUUAAUAGAGUUGAUUCUACCUGCUAAGGAUAGAGGCAAAUUUGACCAACAAGUCAAAUCUUGCUUAGCCUUUUCUAAAGCUGUUUUCACGUUAGAUUUAAACAGGUGCUUAUGUUCCCAAGUCACACGUACCCCUAGAUGCUGUAUAUAAAAGAGUCACGAACAAGUCCAGAGCUACCUGACUAAUUGGGAAGAGUAGGCUCUUUUUGAGGUUGACUUUUAUAUCCUGAUACUUCACCAAAGUUUGAGACAACAUCCAGAACUCUGGGGAUGGAAGUAUGGGGCUCCUGAAAUAAAAUAGAGUUUGGGAUAAUGAAGAUGUAAAGUGGAUGUUACAGGGCUCCAGUAUGGUGAAGGUCCGCUCACCUCGCUGGCAAAAGCGACGAACUCUGAAGCUGCUGGAAGAUGGUGUCACUGUCUGGUGUCAGUCCCACAAAACCUCCAGCCACACCAAGGAGCAACAAUCCUUCUCUGUCAUGGAGGUGGAGUGCAUUCGAGAGGGUUGCCAAUCUGAGACGUUGCGGCAGUUGGUUGGCUCAUUACCUGAGGACCGGUGUUUGACGGUGGUCUUCAAAGGGCCCCGGAAGAGCCUGGAUCUCCUCUGCCAGAGCCGGGAGGAGGCUCAACACUGGGCCCAAGGAAUCCGAACACUUCAAGAGAGAUUGGAGAAUAUGACCCAGAAGGAAAAACUUGACCACUGGAUUCAAGCUUACCUGAGUCGGGCUGACCAGAACCAUGAUGAUAAGAUGAGCUAUGAAGAAGUCCAGACACUCUUGCAGAUGAUCAAUAUUGACAUGAGUGACCAAUAUGCCAGCAGCCUCUUCCAGAAAUGUGACCGGUCAGCCAACGGUCGUCUGGACCACGGGGAGAUUGAGGUUUUCUGCAGGGAGUUGUUACGGAGACCGGAGCUGGAUGCUGUGUUUAUCUGCUACUCUGCAAAUGGCUGUGUACUUUCCACUGUGGACCUGAGGGAUUUCUUGAAGGACCAGGGGGAGGAUGCUUCCCUCAUCCAUGCCCAAAGCCUCAUACUCACAUAUGAACUUAAUGAGUGGGCCCAGAAGAACCAGUUCAUGACCCCAAAUGGCUUCACCAUGUACAUGCUGUCUAAGGAGAACUGUGUCUUUAACCCAGAACAUGCAAGGGUUUACCAAGAGAUGAAACACCCACUGGCACACUACUUCAUCUCCUCUUCCCACAACACAUACCUCACUAAAGACCAGCUGACUGGGGACAGCAGCACAGAUCCAUACAUACGAGCUCUGAGGCAUGGCUGUCGCUGUGUUGAACUGGACUGUUGGGAUGGAGAUAAAGGAGAGCCAGUCAUCUACCAUGGACACACACUCACCUCCAAAGUUCCCUUUGUUGAAGUCAUUGAGACUAUCAAUGAGUAUGCUUUUAAAGCAUCUCCUUACCCUCUGAUCCUCUCCCUGGAGAACCACUGCUCUGUGGAGCAGCAGACAGUAAUGGCUCAACAUCUGCGAUCCAUCCUGGGAGACAAGCUCCUCACCAAGCCCAUCAAUGCUCUGGAUUGUCACAGCCUGCCUUCUCCAGAGGAUCUUAAAGGGAAAAUCCUUGUGAAGGGGAAGAAGGAGCGUGUGGUGGAGGAGUGCUCAUCCAGGACUUCAGACCUCAGUUCCUCAGAUGAGGAGGACAAGAAGCCAAGUGUUUCUAAGCUGAGUCCAGAGCUGUCAGAGCUGGUUGUGUACACCCGCAGUGUUCCUUUUAAAAGCUUUGAACAAGCUUCCAAAAACCCAGCGACUGAAAUGUCCUCUUUCUCUGAAAGUGAAGCUCUCAGGCACAUUAAGGACUCAGGGAUGUAUUUUGUGCGUCACAACAGUCACCAGCUUAGCAGGAUCUACCCCUCAGGACAGCGCUUCCAGUCCUCUAACUACAACCCUCAGGAGAUGUGGAAUGGAGGCUGUCAGAUUGUUGCUUUGAACCUUCAGACACCUGGUGAGCAGAUGGACCUAAACCAAGGCAGGUUCCUACAGAAUGGUCAGUGUGGGUACAUCCUGAAACCUCCCUUCAUGUGCCAGAUUGACAGCACAUUCAACCCAGAGAAUGUUGGCAGAGGUCCUGGCCAUAGACCUGUAUUGCUCACUGUUCAGAGUGUUAUUUCAGCUCAGCAGCUGCCCAAACCAGAAUGGGACAAGCCCAGCUCCAUUGUGGACCCUCAAGUGCAGGUGGAGAUACACGGUGUUCCCAUCGACAACAAUAAGAAGAAAACUCAUUAUGUCGACAACAAUGGCUUUAAUCCACGGUGGGACUGUACAUUUAACUUUACUGUCCAUGUCCCUGACCUUGCUCUGGUUCGCUUCAUGGUGGAAGACCAUGACUAUACCUCAAGCAAUGACUUCCUAGGGCAAUACACCCUGCCUUUCACCAGUCUCCGCACAGGUUAUCGUCAUGUCCGACUGCUCAAGCUGGAUGGCUCCAGCCUUUCACCUGCCUCUCUGUUCAUCCACGUCACAGUCACCCCCUGUCAAAGCAGUCUCUACAAAUCAUCAACAAAUUCACCAGCCAGGUCACUAACCAAGUCUUCAGCCAAGGAACCCUAAUCCCCCCUCUCCCCCUAGCCACAUGAAGCGUGGAAGCCACUAUGGGAAGAUGCCAUAACAUAUCUGCCUGGAUCCAGGCAAUAAACGAUCUGGCUCCAAAGUCAUAAAACUCCAUGGUUAUAAAAUUGUCUUGCAAAUGCUGCAGCUAUAUCCUCAACCUGUCUAUAUUUUAUAGACAGGUUGUCGCAAAAAUGCUGACCAGUAUUACAAAUUUGUAAAGAAGUAAAUGCUGCUCUCACUGUUCGUUGCCUACAGAUUAAUAUGGUAUUCUAUGGUAUUCUAAAUUUCCUGAUCUUCCUAGGGAUGUCUAAAUAGCAGAAAUGGAAAUACAAUCAGGGAGGGACAUUUAGAUCAUCACCAAUGAACCAAAUGUCAGUUUUGGGUGUGGUUGGUGGGUUUAACUACACUCCUAGCCUCAUUCCCUCAAACAAAAUCUAACAACCACUGUGACUGGAUACUUGAAACCAGAACUGUCUCUUUAAUUCCUUAUUUAAUGGGGUUUGAUCUUUAGAGCAGGACUCAAGAACUUAAUAACAACACAUCGAUCCAGCCUCCAGGAGUCUAUAUGUAUGAAUCAACACGACCAGGACCAAAGUUUGGUGCUAGAUUUUGUCUCUUCAUUCACAGAACAUUGAGUAUAAGCUAACCCCAAAAUUACUUAAGUCUCACAACUUCUGCAGGAAGGACUUUUUUGUGGUUAGUAGUCGUUAGAGGUUGUUAAUAGACCUUUCACGGCGUACUCUGGAAAGAUCCUCUCUGACGCAUCAUUGGUUGCCUGGGUGAUGGGUUAUGCUAGUGUUUUUCCACUGUUUCAGCAUCUGGAAGUCUGCCAGCAGACUCUUCCUUUGGCACCGCUGAUGAGUUCUCCGUAGGCGGUUGGGGAAGAUGAGUUGUCUGCCUGUGACUCUUGCAGGUUGAUGUGGAAUAAAGUAAUGAUUCUAAUAAGUUACUUAACUUUAACUAGAUAACUUUAGAAGGGAUUGGUGUUGGCCAAAUGAAAAAAAAAAAACCUCAAAAAUCUUUAAAGCGAAGCUGGAGUAAUAAUUAAAAGUUACAAAAAAUGAUCUAAGGAAGUUCUGCUCUUCUGAUUCAAGUUGUUGUUGACUUGUCUCUCAAAAUAAAGGAGCUACAGGUCACACAUAUUCAAAAAAACCUUCUCAGAAAACACGUGGCGAAAGAAAGAAGAACAUGAGGGCAGAAACGACAGAAGAGCAGCUUCAGAGCAGACAGUAAGCUCGAACACGAAAGUCCAGCUGCUUUUAUUUCCUUAGGGGGAUGCCAGGCACAUCAUGGGCAUUGUAACAGUUGUUCAUCAACUGGGGUCUUCUGUCUUUGCUUCAACUGAAGAAAGGCAUAAUUUGUCAAUACCUUUUAAAUUGUUUAAUCUGGGGUUUAUGUGCUAAAGUCGCAGAAGUGUAUCAUUCGCAAAUCUUCAACAUAAUACAAGUAGGGAAUUGACUAAACAAAAAAAUCAACAAUUUCUAUGGGAAUUAUACAACAUUAAUAAUAAUAGAACACAAUUAAGAAUAUUUGAUGCUCAUUAGGUUGUAUAGAGAAUGCUUAAUUAGACAUGGUCAGUAGAUGGCAGUAUGGUUACAUGAUAGAUACUGGCUCAGCUCAUGCAAUAAACUCUUGAGGCUUUCCUAAGACCUUGAGACUUGAGAGUUGCACCAAAUUCCCUGAAAACAUUUGAGGAAUAAUAUUAACUAGGUUAAGGAAUAGUUGAACAAUUAUUUUCAUAUUAUUUCAAAUGUGUUGUUAAAGAGGAAAAUGCUAGUCCCUUGUCAAGAUUGGAAUGCGGUGUGAUUUAGGGUAGGGGCCUGUCGUCUGCCAUUUGGGACCCCUUUAGGAGUGAGAAAACGGGAGAGGGGGAGGACUGCAGUGUUUGUGUGUAUGAUUCCAGUUGGUCCAUAAUGUGAGAAAUGAUAAUUACAGUCAUUUCAUGUUACCUUCUUUGUUGAAAGGUGACAGUCAAAUAUUAAUUAAAAAUGCAUCUUAUUGGGGUGGGAUGAACUCCAUAGAGGUUGGAUAAGGGUUCUUUGAAUCUAUUUCUUCUGUCUUGAUGAUUGUCAGGUAAAUUGUAGAAUUAGGCUGUUCCCAAUAUGAAUUAAUCUACCUGUGAACUUAAACGGGGCUGAGCCGAGGUCAACUUUUACUACCUAACAAGGCAGUACCAAUGGAGAGUUCACUGAAUUAAAUGACGGAGCUGCAUUUUUUAUACAGAAUUAAUGUUGGUGUGAACAUAGCCGAAUGAAGUUGGUGUAUUGUAGGUUUAUUGCCAGAGUUUUGUCCCGUCAAAAAAACCUAAGUAUGACUUCUGGGAAGUAAAAAGUGCUGACCUGCUGCCACAGCUCAUCAAGGAAACACUGUUCAAGGGAAGAGGGGAUUUCAUACUAAAAACGCUGUAACUUAAGCUUAAACAUUAGAAAACCUUUUAGCAUUGAAAGAGGAUUUUGUACUGUACUUCUUCAGCAGCUCCACCUCCCAAAUUCAUGGACAUGCAUUGCCAAGGCAACAACACAAACUAGUGUUAGGUAGGUUGUGUCCUUCAAUGUGGCCCAGGACACAUUCGCGUACACACUGCCAAAAGAAUGUGGCCAUAUGCGGCCAAGACCAGCUCCAAAUGUGGCCUGAGUCAUCAGAUCUCAAUGUGUCUACCAUUUUGAGUGCAUUUACACAUGGACAUUAGAGCUGUCCACUUGAUAUCGGAUCAUCCAAGACGCAUGUUAAUGCGAAGUAUGAACAGGGCCACAGAGAAAUCCAAACCUGUUCUUUUAACAUUGUAAUAAAGAUGUUCAGAUCCUAAUGCAGCUCUAGUAAAAAUCUGAUAUCAGGUUCAAAUUGGGCAAUGUCCCCAAUACAACUGUAUAUAGCAAAAGCCGUAUGGAAAAUAAAACACAUUUAUUUUAAAAUAUGUUAGAUAACCAUUAUAAAGAAUAGCUCUUGUUGCUACCUGUCUGACACAUGAUGUGCAAAGGAAGGAUUCCAUCCCUGUACUUUUAUAAUGUGGCCUAGUGUAUUAUGUUAAAUGGCAAACAGAUUCUAAAGACAUUAUUUUUUUAAGCAGCCAUCGAGUUUUUUUAAUAUAGAAUUUGUUCAGUUAUUCUAUGGCAAGAUGAUGAUGUGCACUAGAUAGAGCUGCUGCCUUAUUGUUAGCUUGGUAGAUGAGACAUACAUGGAUAGUUGCAGUGAGUUUUCUUUGUUAUAUUUUACUUUGCCAUUUUUUACUUUGGUUUCAAGCUUGUUCUGUGCAUGCCAAAGUCAACCUGACAGAUGAUCCUUUGUGACUGUGACAUGACUUUAUUAUUAUCAGUGUUUGAACAGAUCAUACAACACGUUUCUUUGUUAAACUUCACUCUCUUAAGUCAUCCACCUUAGGUUAUCAUGUUCAAGAAUAGGUUUUUUACAGUGUUGCUUUUAUUGAUGAAGGAAAUUUUUAAGUUUUUUGUAGCAUUUGGUUUUAGAACAUUGAUAUUUUGUUAAUUUACAUAUGAAAAGAAGUACUAUGAAUAUUACAUGGUGACUUUAUCUCAGAGAAUCUUAUUACUUGAAGGAGUUUUUCAAUCAGGGCUGGGUGCUGGGAAGAAGAGAUAACCUAUUUGAGACCAGUAUUAGUCUUCAGACAUUAAAAAAAAAAUGAAAUAAUCAAACAGCUUCAGAAUAUCUUUGGCAUUUUAGGAACAUUUUUGUCACAUAAAUCAUUUUUUGAUGAAUACAGUUUAAUGUCAUUUAACAGAACAUAUAAUCUUCUGAAUUGGGGUAAAGUUUUAAUUUUUAGACCUACUCCCAAUAUUUAACGAUAUAUAACAAAUCCUAGCUCUGAUUGACCAAUAUUGCACUUACUCACAUGUAUGAUGAACUGUAAGCAAAAGAACUACAUAUAUGGUAAAAAGUUGUGUUUCUUGAACUGUACAAUUCAACGUAUUGACAGUUUUGUCGUUUAUUUAUUGUAACUGAAAUAUUAUACUGUUUGCUUUUGUGCUGCACGAGCUGUAUAGUAAUUAACCUAUUACUUUUUUUUUUACCAGGUAAUAUAUACACGAUGAUUGAAUAGAAGUGUUUUAAAACAUUGUGAAAAUAGUAGCCCUAACCCUAACCCGAACAAACUGAAGAACCUCAUAAUGUCAGAUGGUACUUGAGUAACCAAAGUCCAAUUUUUAAUCAUAGACCAUAGACAACUGACUUGUUUUUCACAGUGAAAAAGUAGAAUUCCAGCAUUACAUUUUCCUUUAUAAUCAUCAUCAUA